AUAAAACAAUGUGACUGCAAGUCAGUGUUUAUGUGAAACUUAAAACAGUUCAACGAAGACUUCAACUCGAGCGGAUCAACACCGGACGAUCAUCAUGGAUCACUCCAAACCGACGACUGCCGUGACCAACGAGAAGGGUGUAACCUUUGACGAUGCUCUCUCCAUGGCCAAAUUCGGCGUAUGCAACAUCGUUCUGAUGGCCAUUUCCGGGACGAUCCUGGCAGCCUUCCUGCUCGAAACGUUGGGCAUAAGCUACGUGAUCGCCGUAGCCGGGUGCGAUCUGCAGUUGUCAACCCAGGAGAAGGGAAGUCUCAGUGCCGUGGGUUUCCUGGGAGUCAUUGUCAGUUCUCACCUGUGGGGCUUCCUAGCGGAUACCCGCGGCCGCCGGAAGGUGAUCGUGCCGACGCUGUUGCUGACAUUCGUAAUGACGGUCAUAUCCAGUUUUAUGACCAACUUUUGGUUGAUAACCUUCUUCCGAUUUUUGGCCGGAAUUUUCAUUUCUGGAUCGUCGGCCACGAUUUACGCCUAUCUGGGUGAGUUCCACAAUCAACAAAACGGUUCGCGAGCCAUCAUGGGAGCGUCUUUCGUGUUCGGUUUGGGAUGCAUUCUGCUCCCGGGCAUUGCCUUCGGCGUGAUCAAUCAAGAAUGGGAGCUCCUGAUCAGUCCACUAGGUAUUAUCUACCGCCCAUGGCGGUUGUUCUUGGUAGUCUGCAGCAUUCCCGGCCUGAUCGCGGGUUUCAUCUUGAUCUGGUUUCCGGAAAGUCCCAAAUUUGUGCUCAUGCAGGGGGACGUCACACAAGCGAUCGAGACGGUUCAGUGGAUUCAUCGAUUCAACUGCGGUAGGAAGGUGGAACCGCUUCCGAUUGAAUCGAUACUCGGUGAAACGGAGGCUCAGCAAUCGAAAGAUCGUCGGGCCGAGUUGAGCAGAACGAAGGGAAUCUCUGCGUUGGCAAAACUGGUUUGGAACCAGACGGCUCCGCUGUUCAUGGGAUCGUUCCUGAAGAAGACCAUGAUCGUGUGCUUCCUUCAGUUUGGUACGUACCUAACCUCACACGGAACGUACAUGUUCUUCCCGAGUAUUUUGAAUCAGGUCAUGGAAGCUCGGGAGACCGGUCAGGAUCGUUUCAGUAUUUGCGAAGUUGUUUACGAGCGGGGAAAUUUCAGCACUACGGAGCUGGAUGCCGAUGAAACGUGUCACCAAACGUUGGAUGUGACCAUUUAUGAAAUGUCGUUCAUUUUGGAAGUGAUCUACGCUCUAGGGUUCGCCAUUAUCGAAAUGAUCAUCAACACCGUGGGAAGGCUGCCGAUUUUGGUGUUUGUGUUUGCUGGCUGUGGCAUCGCGGGGUUACUGAUGACUUUUGUGGACAUCCCAAUGCUCGCUGUCUGGUGCUACAUGAUACUGGUGAUGUGCGGCUUUGCGGGCAGUAUAGUAAACGCGAUCACGGUGGACCUGUUUCCGACUAAUUUGAGGGCAAUGGCCGUCUGCAUAUCGUCGAUGUUUGGCCGUCUGGGAGGAGUUGCCGGCGCUAAUUUGUUUGGUUUGCUGCUGGAAACCCGGUGCGAGCUGACCUUUGCCAUCCCCGGAACGCUAUUGAUCGCCUGCGGGCUGCUGUCGUUCUUUAUUCCGAAUAUCUAUAGGCGAGGCACACGGCCGGAAAUGAGACACAGCGUUUCUUCCAGAGUGUGA